AGAGGUGGCGGUGCACACUCCCAGAAGAAGAGGAAGCAUAGAGCGCAGGAGGAGGAGGAAGAGGAGAAGAAGAAGUAGAAGCAGCAGCAGCAGCAGCAGCAGAAGAAGAAGAAGAAGACCACCACCACCACCACAACAACAACAACAACAAGCCGGUCACAGCCCGUCUCGCGGCGGACAGGACCCGGGCGCUGGUCCUUAGAUAGCUCUUCUGCAUAGCUAGUCUCGGAGCCGCGGCGUGUUGACGUCCAGCGUGCUGACACUGCUAACCGGAGCCGAAGACGGCAGGAAGCAGCGCUUCGCUGAGCCUCUGGUAAUAUACGGAUGUUGCGUGAUGCUAUGACGUUAGCUAUGCUGAAACGAGUGACAGCAGGUGAGCGCAGUCUCUAAUGUGAAGGCCUGUCAGUUAGCUGCCUAGUCUGCGCGUGCUCGUCCACGUUGAGUAGUUACCGAGUUCAGGUAAAGUUGGGAACAAAGGCAACAGAAGGCGCCAUCCGUGAGUGAUGAGACUUGAGAGGCUUUAGCUGAAAGUCAGAUGUACGAUGGAGGACGACUGCAGGCCUCUGCUGAGCUGCGAGCCGACUGGAGAGAGCUACUCAAAUAGAGGCUCCACAGACUCACUGGACUUCAGGGCUAAAAGGCCUUUCCACGUAGAACCCCGGAACAUCGUAGAUGACGACCCACAGGAGCGAGUCUCUGCUGAGGCUGCCAUCCUCAACAGCAGAGUCCAUUACUACGGCCGACUGACAGGCUCUUCUGAUAGACUGCUAAGUCCUCCCAACCAUGUGAUCCCCCGGCCAGAGGAGAUCUACAUCUACAGCCCUCUGGGGACAGCUUUUAAGGUGACAGGCAGCGACCACUCCUCUAAAAACCCCAGUAUCAUCACCAUAUUUGCUAUAUGGAACACAAUGAUGGGCACAUCUAUACUCAGCAUACCCUGGGGUAUAAAGCAGGCCGGUUUUACUCUGGGGAUCCUCAUCCUCAUCUUCACAGGCCUGCUGAUGCUCUACUGUUGUUACGUCGUCCUCAAGUCACCAAAGGCAAUAUCCUACGUGGACACAUUCGACUGGGAAUUCCCUGACGUUUGUAGGUACUACUUUGGCAAAUUUGGCCAGUGGUCCAGCUUGGUGUUCUCGAUGGUGUCGCUCAUUGGAGCCAUGGUGGUUUACUGGGUCCUCAUGUCCAAUUUCCUCUACAACACCGGACAGUUUAUCUACAACUAUGCUCACAAUGUCAACAUGUCAGAUUCAGAGUUUGGAACCAACGGCUCAGAUAGAGUCAUCUGUCCAUACCCAAACACUGACCCUGGAGGGAACUACACCAGCACCCUUUAUCUGGGUAACAGUGGAAAUGAUACUUCUGACGUCGGCUCGUUUGAACACUGGUGGAGCAAAACCAACACCAUCCCCCUCUACCUCAUCAUCCUGCUGCUGCCACUGCUCUGCUUCCGCUCGGCCUCCUUCUUCGCAAGGUUCACCUUCUUGGGCACCAUAUCAGUGGUCUACCUGAUUGUGCUGGUCACUGUUAAAGCUGUCCGCCUCGGCUUCCACCUAGAGUUCCACUGGUUUGACACAACCCAGUUCUAUGUUCCAGAGUUCAGACUGCUCUUCCCUCAGCUGACUGGUGUCCUCACUCUGGCCUUCUUCAUUCACAACUGCAUCAUCACAUUAAUGAAGAGCAACAAGCACCAAGAGAACAAUGUGCGGGACCUGUCGGUGGCUUAUCUUCUAGUAGGACUGACCUAUCUGUAUGUGGGAGUGUUGAUCUUUGCUGUCUUUCCCUCACCCCCUCUCUUCAAAGACUGCAUUGAACCAAACUUCUUAGAUAACUUCCCCAGCAGUGAUGUGAUGGUGUUUGUGGCUCGGACCUUAAUGUUGUUCCAGAUGAUCUCAGUCUACCCCCUGUUAGGAUACUUGGUGCGGGUCCAGAUGAUGGGCCAGAUAUUUGGCAAUCAUUACCCCAGUUUCUUGCACGUUCUGGCACUGAACAUCUCAGUUGUUGGAACUGGUGUCCUGAUGGCCAGGUUUUAUCCCAACAUUGGAUCCAUCAUAAGGUUUUCUGGAGCAACAUGUGGCUUGGCUUUAGUUUUUGUCUUUCCUGCCUUAGUCCACAUGAUCUCCCUGAGAAGGCAGGGGGUGCUCCGCUGGCCGUCAGCCCUCUUCCACAGUUUCCUGAUCGUGCUGGGCAUGGCCAACCUACUGGCUCAGUUCUUCAUGUAGAGAAGGAGUCAGACACAGACCAAUCAGAAGCAAGAUUAAAAGAUGUGAUGGAGAUUUCAGAUGGGAAUCUCUUAAAUUAGAUGUAAAAUAAGGGAGUUCAUAACCGCACAGUGUGUAUUAUCCCACUUAUGACAUGGCCACCAAAAUAAUGCCCAGAUAAAGCGCAGUCUCCAGCCAGUCAGAUUUAAUGUCUGGCCGUCGGCGUUCGAUUAAAUAUCACACACUUUCUGUAGUAAGAAUGAUUGUUGAGUGAUUUGUAAAGGUUUAUGUUUUAGGGGAAUUACAGGAAUCCAAUGUCUUGGUUUGAUAACAUUAUCUUUUUAUUUUCUUCAUGCAAUCCAGCCGGUGGUAUUUCUAUGAUAAACUUUAAUUUAUAGAUCAUUUCCUGCGUGAUACUGUUGAUUAUUCCUGCAUUGACUGAUCCCGGACCUGCCCAGCCAAGUUGUAUAGACUUUGAUAACAUCAGCAGCAAGCUAGCAGGAACAUUUGGAAUAUGGGGUCAGUAUUGAGAGCUAAGACACAACCAGGGGAGUGUCGUCUUAAGCUAUUGUAUUCUGUUUUUCUGUAGAUUCAAACAGCAUCUCCAUGAAACAUUAACUCUACAAUUUUGAGUGAACUCUGAAGCAGCUAUAAUCUAUAAUAUUUUUAAUAAUAACAAUGAAUCAAAUAAUGUGUAAUGUGAGAAGCGUUGCUCCUAGUCAUGAAUGUACAGAGAAUUAUCAGCUGAAUCUGUAACUCCUGUCUGCUUUAUCGAGCUUUAUAGUAAGUUUCAGCUCUUUGUUUAACUGUCCGGCCAACAACUUCACUGUUUUGGCUGACACUCACGUCUCUCAAAGUGUCGUUUUCGGCCACAUCAGGCAGCUGUUUUCAGAGAAAAGCUCUAAAAAGCCACUGUACACUACCUGCUCAGCAGCAAACAGACACAGUUAGAGACUAGCUGGUGAACACAGUGGCUAAACAACCAGAUAUUUCCCUCAGGAGUUGGUAGAGACACAAACACCACUCCAAAUAAUUGAUAAUGUUGCUCUGUAACCGCUUGGUGUGUUAAAAAAAAAAAGAAAAAAAAAAGCAACUGUUUGCUAAGAAGUUCCCCAUAUCAACUCAAAAGGCUGCCCUAAUGUAGGCAAGAAAAAUCUUUUAUUGCAGGUUUAAAGCAGUUACAGUGAGGCUUUACAGCUGAAUUUUAUGAUCAUAUAGAGUUGUCUUGCUGACACCACGGAAUACUAACUGUGGUUAUGUAAACUGUUUAUAUGUUUUGGGGACAGCCAUGUUGUGUGUAUAUUUUUUGAAGAAACUUUUGGCACAAUCUUAAGUUUUAUGAGCAGUGUUGAUUUACUUGUUUGACAUGUUUAAAUGAUGCCUAUUUUCUAGAUACAGUGCCUAAUGUGUUGUAUUUUACUAAUGAUAGGAUAGACAAAGGGAAUAUGUGCGUGAAAAUAAAACAUCAGUCUAUAAGAA